AUGGUGCCUCGUGAAACAACCGCAUUUUGCCAAUCAUUGAAUUUCCGGUGGACUCGCUGCACGGUGCAUCAAAUUUCAGCGAGAACGGCUCUCCGACCCCCGCCAUCGCGUUUGAAACGAUGUCAGAAACAAGUUGACUCUAAACUUCAACCCGACCGCCAUCACGGACACACAAAGAUAUCAUGCAAACAAGAACAGGAAAAGCAGGGUGUGAGCAAGUCUUUGGCAUACGCUGCAGCCGCCAUUAUAUUGGCCGCAGCGCCUUUCGCAGGGGUCUCAGCCCCUCCGCCCGCCCUCUCCUCACAGCUGAACUCUGCCCCCUUGCGCUUCUCCCAGUCGCUUCUUAAGGAUGAUGGCGAGGCUCCAGUGAAAUUGCAACCACAAUGGGAUGUAAAAUCUAUGAACAGCAAAGCAGAGACAAUUUUGAUGUUCUCUAACGACUCCGAUUCCGUCGUUGACUUGUGGUGGAUUGACUACUUUGGACACGAGGUCUACUACGCCACCAUUAAUCCUGGGACAACACACAUGCAACCAUCAUAUGCUACUCACCCUUGGGUAGUUCGGGACCACAUCUCUCAGAAUUCCGUUUUGGUUGUGGUAGCUGGUACUGAGCCAGCCCUUGCGGUUGUACAGAGCGUUUGAAAGCCGGUCGUGGCUGUUCACAACGGGAACAUGUUGUACGAUUGUAACACAACUACUAGCGUUUAUUAUUAAUCUGCGUAUUCAUCAACUACUUGUACCAUACUACUAUCACAAAAGGGUUUACAACUACGUCAA